AGAAAACGCGUUAUGCUUGCACUGGCUAUCGUUACAUUGCGCUCGGCUACUUCACUUCUUCCAUCUCAGAGAAGCCUAGAGAAGAUUUGCAGAACCAAGCGACGAAGAAGACGAAAAUGGCGAUCACGACUCGAAUAUACGGCACUCUCUUAAUCUUCUUCCUCUUCUUCUCUACUCUUGGCGCCUUCUAUCUUCCCGGUGUCGCUCCUCGCGAUUUCCAGAAGGGUGAUCCUCUUUAUGUGAAAGUGAACAAAUUGUCUUCUACAAAGACUCAACUUCCAUAUGAUUUCUACUACCUGAAUUACUGUAAGCCUCCGAAGAUUUUGAAUACCGGCGAAAAUUUGGGGGAGGUUCUCAGAGGAGAUCGCAUUGAGAAUUCGGUUUAUACUUUUGAGAUGUUGGAGGAUCAACCUUGCAGAGUAGGUUGCCGUGUUAAAAUCAAUGCUGAGUCUGCAAAAAGUUUCAGGGAAAAGAUUGAUGAUGAGUACCGCGCUAAUAUGAUUCUUGAUAAUCUUCCAGUAGCUGUUCUUAGACAAAGAAGAGAUGGAAGUCAGUCAACGACUUAUGAACACGGUUUCCGUGUUGGCUUCAAAGGGAGUUAUGAAGGGAGUAAAGAGGAAAAAUACUUUAUCCAUAACCACUUGAGUUUCCGAGUCAUGUACCACAGAGACGAAGAGUCUGAUUCUUUUCGAAUUGUUGGUUUUGAGGUUACUCCUAACAGUGUAUUGCAUGAAUACAAAGACUGGGAUGAAAACAACCCUCAGUUAACAACAUGCAACAAAGACACAAAGAAUCUGAUCCAAAGCAACACUGUUCCACAAGAAGUUGAGGAGGGAAAAGAUAUUGUGUUUACCUAUGAUGUCGCCUUUAAGGAGAGUGAUAUCAAGUGGGCUUCGCGGUGGGACACAUAUUUGCUCAUGAACGAUGAUCAAAUCCACUGGUUCUCAAUCAUAAACUCGCUUAUGAUUGUCCUUUUCCUCUCCGGAAUGGUAGCGAUGAUCAUGAUGAGGACACUAUACAAGGAUAUCUCGAACUACAAUCAGCUCGAAACCCAAGACGAGGCUCAGGAAGAAACCGGAUGGAAACUCGUACAUGGAGAUGUCUUUAGGACGCCCGUGAACUCUGGGUUACUGUGUGUAUACGUCGGCACAGGUGUUCAGAUUUUCGGUAUGACCCUUGUGACAAUGAUGUUUGCGUUGCUGGGUUUCUUAUCUCCAUCCAACAGAGGAGGGCUCAUGACUGCCAUGGUUCUCCUGUGGGUGUUCAUGGGAAUCUUGGCCGGUUACUCCUCUUCUCGUCUCCACAAAAUGUUCAAAGGGAACGAGUGGAAAAGAAUCACCUUGAAGACUGCAUUCAUGUUUCCCGGAAUCCUCUUUGCAAUCUUCUUCGUUCUCAACACACUCAUAUGGGGAGAGCGAUCAUCCGGAGCCAUUCCCUUCGGUACAAUGUUUGCUUUGGUCUGUCUCUGGUUUGGAAUCUCUGUCCCACUAGUCUUCAUUGGCAGCUAUCUCGGUUUCAAAAAACCAGCAAUCGAAGAUCCGGUCAAAACAAACAAGAUCCCGAGACAAGUACCGGAGCAACCUUGGUACAUGAAACCCGGUUUUUCGAUACUGAUUGGAGGAAUCCUUCCGUUCGGAGCAGUCUUCAUCGAGCUCUUCUUCAUCCUAACAUCGAUCUGGCUCAACCAGUUCUACUACAUCUUCGGAUUCCUCUUCAUAGUGUUCUUGAUCUUGGUCGUGACCUGCGCAGAGAUAACAAUCGUGCUCUGCUACUUCCAGCUAUGCAGCGAAGAUUACAACUGGUGGUGGAGAGCUUACCUAACAUCAGGCUCAUCCUCAGUGUACCUCUUCCUCUACUCAGUCUUCUACUUCUUCACAAAGCUUGAGAUCACGAAGCUUGUCUCGGGGAUGCUCUACUUUGGGUACAUGAUCAUCAUCUCUUUCUCGUUCUUCGUGCUAACUGGCUCAAUCGGUUUCUACGCAUGUUUCUGGUUUGUUAGAAAGAUCUACUCCUCAGUGAAGAUUGACUGAUUUAGAUAAAAUGACAUUAACUUCUGAUGUCUCUUGAAGGUUUUGUUGGAUGGUUUAGUCGUAGUUGAAACAAAAAAAUUAACAAAACCUUUGUAACGUUUUAAUCAAUGGAGUCUAUAUUCAUAACAUCAUUUUCAAUGAUACAGCUUAUUUAAAAGCUGAUAGUUUAUUUAGCUUGGCCUCCUUAACCAUUCUCUCCGUCGAAGAACCACUUGAGAAUCCCAGCUUCUGCAUUAUUUCUUCCAAUCUCUUUCCGUUUGAAGUGUUUCCAGUGAUGAGGCCUUGUUAUAAAUCGCAACACCAGCACGUCUAGUUGACCGUGUUUUAACCGAGCCUACGUUUUUGCCCCAUCGAAGUAUAUCUCUGGACCAACUUUAGUUAAGAAAUCAUCAUCAAGAAGGGUAGAAGAAAGAAUAACAUACUUGAGCUUCACAUCGCACCACUGCUCUAACACGGUCGUUAUAUUCUUCAAUACUCAGUGGAGGGAAAAGAAAAUGCCGACGAGCAUACUAACCUCGUAGAUCGAAUCGCCUAUAUAAGCUAACGAGGCAGCAUUGAAGACAGAUCUAGGCUUCCCCACUUUCGGUGGACUUGGAAACCAUUUCUCAUAUCCGAUACAAGUAUCUUCAAUUUCAUCAUUCGUUACCUUUGCUUGCGGGACGUUUGAGCAAAUCUGAUACGGCGACGCCAGUUCCCGUUGUUAAGUUUUUCGCCGGAGAAGAUGAUGACGGAGAAGACGGUGGGACGAAGGAGCUAGAAUUAGGGUUCCUCUUCACGUUUCGCGGCGCAUUGGGGUUGUACCGGAGUCUCGGCUGAGUAUCUAAAGCAGCUCUCACGAGAGUAGAGCUUGCUGAUAGAAUCGCCAUUUUUAUUUCAGCUUUUUUUUUGGUUUCCUUUGUUUUGAGUAAUUGAUGAGGCGGUGACUUUCAUUUAUCCACGUGUCGUGUUUCUAUUUGUUUGUUAUAUAAUUUAGAAACAAGAUGGCCGUAGCUUUAGCAAUACGAGCAUUGUCUCUCUCUCUCUUUCUCUCAACCUUUGUUCCCGAUUUGUAAAACCCUAACGACUAGAUUUCGGUUCCGUGACUCUCCUUCUCCGUGUAACUUUCCGGUCAUAUUUCUCAAUCGGUGAAAUUGGCUCGACGAAUAACAUGAGUCGCUACGAUAGCCGGACCGGCGAUUCCACAUCGUACCGUGACCGUCGGAGUGACUCAGGCUUUGGUGGGGCUUCGGCAUAUGGAAGCUCAGGUAGCAAAAAGGAUAAUGAUGGCAAUGAGUCUCCACGGAAGCCAGAUUUGGAUGGUUUGACUCCUUUUGAGAAGAACUUCUAUGUCGAGUCUCCCGCUGUGGCAGCUAUGACGGAGGUAGAAGUUGAGGAAUAUCGGAGGCUGAGGGAAAUUACUGUUGAAGGUCGAGAUAUCCCAAAACCUGUCAAGAGCUUUCGUGAUGUUGGGUUUCCUGAUUAUGUUUUGGAAGAGAUAAAGAAGGCAGGUUUUACUGAACCUACACCUAUACAAUCUCAAGGGUGGCCAAUGGCAAUGAAGGGACGUGAUCUCAUCGGCAUUGCUGAAACUGGCUCUGGAAAGACUCUUUCUUACUUACUACCUGCUAUAGUCCAUGUGAAUGCUCAGCCAAUUUUAGCCCCUGGUGAUGGCCCAAUCGUCUUGGUUCUUGCUCCGACGCGUGAACUGGCUGUGCAGAUACAGCAAGAAGCGUCUAAGUUUGGUUCAUCAUCGAAAAUUAAGAGCACUUGCAUUUACGGUGGAGUUCCAAAAGGGCCUCAAGUGCGUGAUCUCCAGAAAGGUGUGGAAAUAGUUAUAGCUACUCCUGGGAGGCUAAUAGACAUGAUGGAGUCGAACAACACGAACUUGCGAAGGGUUACGUAUCUUGUUUUGGAUGAGGCUGAUCGAAUGCUGGAUAUGGGGUUUGACCCUCAGAUCCGGAAAAUUGUUUCACAUAUUCGACCAGACCGUCAAACGUUAUACUGGAGUGCUACAUGGCCGAAGGAAGUGGAACAACUAUCUAAAAAGUUUCUGUAUAACCCAUACAAAGUGAUAAUAGGAUCUUCUGAUUUAAAAGCUAACCGUGCAAUCCGUCAAAUUGUUGAUGUGAUUUCUGAAAGUCAAAAGUAUAACAAGUUGGUGAAGUUGCUUGAAGACAUAAUGGAUGGAAGCAGAAUACUUGUCUUCCUCGAUACAAAAAAGGGGUGUGACCAAAUCACUCGUCAGCUUCGUAUGGAUGGUUGGCCUGCUUUGUCAAUACAUGGUGAUAAAAGCCAGGCUGAGAGAGAUUGGGUUCUCUCAGAGUUUAGGUCAGGGAAAAGCCCUAUAAUGACUGCUACAGACGUUGCAGCCCGUGGAUUAGACGUGAAAGAUGUCAAGUAUGUGAUAAACUAUGACUUCCCUGGAUCACUAGAGGAUUAUGUACACAGGAUAGGACGAACUGGACGACGAAUCGAAAUCGCCAUGAGUGAUGAAGGUCCCAAGCUUUUCACCAAUAAACCCAAGAAGAAGGACAUUAUUGCUCAGCUGAAGCACGUCGAAGCCAAUUUCAGUAACCCUACCGCUCCUCCAUCAUCAGCAUCGUCUCCGGCUGCAGCAGCGGCGGCUUCGUACACGAUGGGUGGUGGUUCUGCUCCUCCUCCUCCGCCUCCUAAGGAAUCAUUCGCUCGAAGGUCUAUUUGUGUAUUGUCUUUGCUCUCUAUUGAUGGUGGAAAAUGCCUUAACAGAGAGAGUCAUGGCACAGUCUCACUGGUGGUUCUUGGACUUAUUGCUUUUGCAGGUUACCUUUUCUUUAGAACUAAGAAGAAGGACAUAGAACCUGCAAAUGAAGAGAUGGCUGCUGCUAAAUCAGGUCCAGUCGCGGCUCCUGUUACCAUGGAAAAGCCUAAGCCUGUGUCUUCCACAGUGGUUGCUGCAGAGGCAGUGGUGGUCAAGGCACGUGAGCCAAUACCGGAGAAGCAACAACGUGAGCUCUUCAAAUGGAUGUUGGAGGAGAAAAGGAAAGUGAACCCGAAAAACGCAGAAGAGAAGAAGCGGAUUGAUGAAGAGAAAGCGAUUCUGAAACAAUUCUUAGGAUCCAAAACCAUUCCUACUCUCUGA